GCCAUUCAUCGGUGCCUGGACUCGGACAUGACGACGUGGGAUGGAGAAAUUGCCACUGGACGUUCGGGUGAUCCUCACACCGUCAGAGCUCACGCUAUCACCUUUACGCCGAUGGGGUACACGACGCUCAUGGAAAUGGGCCUGUUGGAAAAGACCCCCCAGAACCCCGGAUGGUUUCGCCUUCACAUGCCGCUUCGUCGUGAGUCGUUGGGCGCAGACGGCACACUGCUGUUCUCGAUUGAAGCGCAGUGGCAGAGCGCUUAG